AUGGAUAAUUCAAUUUUAAAACCCCAAAAUUCUUUUGACGAGAUUGCCUACUCCGGUUCCGGCCGGGAGGCGGAGGUCGGCAGGUGCAAACCCAACGACGGAGACGUUGUGCAGGAGAUUUCGGGCGAGAAGCCCAUGGAGGGAGUGGCCCGAUCAUCUGUGGCCACAGAAGUCGAUAGCGACUCGGUGGGAGUGUCUCUUCCGUCCGGAGUAGGAGACCACCGACGGCCGAGGGAGAGGGCGUCCUCCUCCGUCGGAAAAUACGUCGGCCUCAGACAGGCGCAGCGCGAGCGUGACAGGCUCAAGCGCGAGGAAGCACGCCAAAAGGCCGAAGAGGACCUGGAGGACCGACUUAAAUUCGUCAAGUCGCCGGUGCCUCCGCGGGUAGAUACGGACGAAGACCAGCCCGUCACGAAGGAGGACCUAGAAGUGCGGGCAUGUGGUGCGCGCAUUUGCCCGCCUCGAGGCGAGCAUGAAGCUCAUUCAAGAGGAGAAUACAGCCCUCCGCCGCCGGCUCGAGGAACUCGAAGCGUCUGCGAGCAAAACGUCAGCAGAAGAAAUGUGGGCUAUGGUAGAAGCGAGGGUCCAGGCCAGAGUGGAGUCAGCCCUGAUGGGACCAGCCCAGAGGCCCGCUCUGGCCCACGAAACAAGGACGUCAACUGGGGAUACACAACUCCCCGUGUCGGGAGGAAUUGUAGGAGGCCCUCCCAGCCCAAGACCAAGAGGGAGAAAGGAAAAGGGACGGGAAAGAAAACAGUCCCCGUUCCCCCAAUCCCCACUCCAGUAGCAGGACCCUCCAGCGCCCCGCCACAAACAGUCGCAGGUCCUCCGCGGCCACAGCGAAUGAAGCGGCAUCAAGGACGAAGAGGAGCCCUGAAAACAGGGAAGGAAGGCGACGGCGCCAGGGAAAAAGGCGGCGCUCAACCCCAAACCCCUCCAAAGGAAAAGAGGAAGAAGCCGGCCCCACAAGCGCAACCUGCACCGGAGCCCCGCCCUCUGCCGCCGGCCCCCGCAUCGAUGGAGACGCCGUGGGUAGAAGUGGUGGGCCGAAACAAGAAGAAGAGGAAGCCCGCUGCAGCGGUGAACACCCAGCCGCGACAGCCGGCGCGCCGGGCUGAGCCAAAGUUACGACCGCCACGCUCCGCAGCGGUCGUCAUAACGCUGACUCCUGCGGCGGUAGCAAAGGGCCUAUCUUAUAAGCAGGUCCUUACGGACGCCCAGUUGCCUUCUCCGGUUUCGACCGGAAAGGCGGUGGUCGAAGGGUGCAAGCCCAACGACGAAGAUGUAGCGAAGGAGAUAACGGGCGCGAUGCCCAUGGAGGUGGCAGCCGAAUUCGCGCGGCCUUUGAGCCUUGACACGGACUCGAGCGAGAGUGGCUCUACCGCUACAACGGGAAGCGGCGCGGAAAGACGCAGAGAAGGAGCUGGAGGACCAGCUGCAAUUUAUCAAGUCGCCGGUCCCCCCAGAAUAUCAGACACCGAAGAGGACCGUCCAGUACUCAAGGAAGACCUCCGUAAGUGCACCCAGGUUGUUCGCAAUGUCGUGAGGAAGUCAGGCAACCUCAAAGGCACUUCCCAGAAAGCGCUUAACUGGGUCACGGACAAGAUCGUGAAGUACGUGGAACAGCCUGAGUCCGCUGUCAUUGCGCGCCUCGAGGAGGAAAUAAAGAAGUGGCAGGAACACAGUGCCCGUCUUGAAGCCAACAUGAAGGCCAUGAAGGAGGAGAAUGCCACCCUAAAACGACGCCUCGAAGACCUGGAGGCGUCCGCAAACAAGUCAUCGACGGAGGAGAUGCUGGCGAUGGUGGAAGCGAGGGUCCAAGCCAGGCUCGAGUCGGCCCUGAUGGGGCCAGCCCAAAGGCCCACCCUCGCCCACGAAAGAAGGACCGCCUCUGGGGACACAGAACUCCCCGUGACGAGCGGAUAUGUAGGAGGGGCGCCGAACACUAAACCGGCCAAGAGCAAAGGGAAAAGGAAAGAGAAGGGAACAGCCCAACGCGCUCCCGCUCCCGCCCCCCUCCCUGCCCCAGUCGCUGGGCCCUCCAGCGCGCCGCCACAGCCCGUCGCAGGGCCCUCCACGGCUCCGGCGAAUACGUCGGCAUCGACGGCGAAGAAGACCCAGGACCGAAGGAGAGAGACGCCGAAACAAAAGCCCCAAAAGGGCAAGAAGAACGGACCGCCUCCAGCCCAACCUGCUCCAGAGCCCCGCGUGCUGCCGCCAGCCCCGGCUAACGUGGACACGCCGUGGGUCGAGGUGGUCAGAAGAAAGAAGAAGGGGAAGCCGGCAGCAGCGCCAACAAACAGCACGCAGCCGCCGAAACCGACGCGCCGGAAGGAGCCAAAACUGCGGCCGCCACGUUCUGCGGCCGUAGUCAUCUCUCUCACACCAGCAGCAAUUGCGAAGGGCCUAACUUACAAGAGCGUCCUGACGGACGCCCAAAAUAAGGUAGACCUCACCGGCCUUGAAAUAAGCAAGAUGAGGCCAAAGUUUGCGGCCACGGGCGCCCCAAUGUACGAGGUGCCCGGGGCGAAUUCUGAAGAGAGGGCCGACUCCCUCGCCGCAAGGCUGAGGGAGUGUUUCGCGGGGUCGGAAGAUAUCAAAAUCUCCCGGCCCACGAAGACCGUGGAACUGCGGCUAAGUGAGCU